AGUACGUCCCUAGCCGCGCGCGCCCCCAGAACUACCUACCCAUGCGAUGCGCCCUGUCUGAGCAUCGCGAGACGAGAGCCUCCUGCCGCAGCUCUGACCGAGUCCCCGACGAUGCGCAUCUCCCCUGACCGCUGCGACACCCGCGAAAGAACCACCACGAGCGGAUGCGUCUAUGUGCGCACCACGAGAUGGGCCCGUCCAGGGCGCAGGAGAGCCGACGGUGCUGCCACCCGCCGACUUGAAGAGCCAGCGCCCUGAUGCUGGCAUGCGACACCACGACCAUUAUGCCCUCCGACUCCCUGAAUGGCGCAACAAGCUGCGCAAGUAUCUGAUUCCCAUUGUGCGCUGGGAGACGCCCUAUCUGGCUUUCAUGCAGGACAAGAUGCGGACGCCCGCCCUCGAUUCCUACUUCGCCUUCACCGCCAAUCUGGGAACCCACACCUUCUUUAUGGUUAUGCUCCCGAUUCUGUUCUGGUGUGGAUACACGAGCAUGGGAAGAGCAAUGGUGCAUGUGUUGGCCGCCGGCGUCUUCUGGAGUGGCUUCGUCAAAGAUAUGCUGUGUCUCCCGCGGCCUCUCUCCCCUCCCCUUCAGAGGAUCACCAUGUCCGGCUCUGCAGCCCUCGAAUAUGGAUUUCCCUCGACGCACUCAACCAACGCCGUUUCUGUGGCUGUCUACGCUAUACAAAUGCUGCAGUCCACCCCCGAAACGCACUACCCAACUCUUUAUCUAGCAUUGCAGGUGCUCUUCUACUUUUAUGCCAUAUCCAUUAUCUUCGGCAGGCUCUACUGCGGCAUGCACGGCUUCUUCGACGUUAUUCUCGGAAGUCUUCUCGGCGCCGGACUUUCUGUUAUUCAAAUUCUCUACGGAGACGCCUUUGACAAUUGGAUAUGUCAAGGCUCCUACACACACCCUUUGAUUGCCACACUAAUCAUCCUUGUCCUGGUUCGCAUUCAUCCGGAGCCUGCCGAUGACUGCCCCUGUUUCGACGACAGCGUUGCGUUUGCUGGGACCGCAAUUGGAGUCCAGGUGGGGGCUUGGCACUUUGCAAGCACCGGUCUCGCAUGGGAUUAUCCAAUACCCUCUACUGUUCCCUUCGAUCUUGAGAACAUCGGGCUUGUGAAAGCCACCAUCCGCAUUUGUGUAGGCGUUGUGGUCAUCUUUGCUUGGCGAGGUAUUAUGAAACCUGCGAUGUUGAAGAUUCUACCGCCGAUUUUCAGAGUACUCGAGGACGCGCGUCUAAGUCUUCCAAGGGCUUUCUUCUUGACAGCCUCUCAGUAUACUAGCGUGCCAAAACUACACGGAGACGACAACGUGAUCCCGUCAGCAUCCGACAUUCCACGACUUCUAACAAAUCUUCGUCACCCACGGCAACGAUCAGUCUCCGUGGGCCCUCAGUCAGCAGCGGACGCUUAUGAAACGCUGGCUUACCGCAAUAAACGACGAAGAGAGAGCCUCACAUCAGACGCCGAAAAAUCGCCCAUUAGUAUAACCGGAAGUAUUCCUGAAGGCUACGGGAUUUCGACAAACUCAAAGCAUCCACCCAACGUACGCACAAAUGUGCCGCUAGGGGCGGAUCUACUCCCGACGCCAAUAUCUUCGCGCGUCCACUCAUAUGAGCAAAUGAUGGGUAGUGGAGAGGUGAUCGCGUCGCCGGGCACCCCACCAUACGGCGAAGCUAGUUAUGAAUACGUCGAUAAGACAGCAGGGGUCGACGGCUCAGACGAUGAGAAGGAAGAUCGUGAGAUAUUCCUGAAGCUUGAACGGCCUCGAGUGAGAUACGAUGUCGAAGUGAUUACGAAGCUCAUUGUAUAUACGGGUAUCGCAUGGUUAGCUGUGGAAGGGAACCCUAUCCUUUUUGAGAUAUUUGGUCUAGGGAUGACCGUUUAGUGCUUGAACGCUGCUGUGGAUGUUGGCGCAGCAAUUUACGUGUUAAUCGUAAACGUAAACACGACGUUGGCGUUUG